CCCCCUCCUCUGCUGAAUGAGAGAGACUGAGAGCAGCUCAGCAGUCUGACCGCUCGCUGGGUACCACUCACUCCUCAUCUGCCCAGCGCCAUGGCCCUAAUAGUGCAUCUCAGGACUGUCACCGACCUGCGGGGGAAAGGGGACCGGAUCGCCAAAGUGACGUUCAGAGGACUGUCGUUCUACACGCGGGUGCUGGAGAACUGUGAGGAUGAGGCCCGGUUCGAUGAGACGUUCCGAUGGCCGAUUGCCAGUAACAUCGAUGGGAAUGAAAUGCUGGAGAUCCAAGUGUUUAACUACAGCAAAGUCUUCACUAACAGGCUGAUCGGGACGUUCCGGAUGGUUCUGCAGCAGGUGGUGGAGGAGGCCCAGCUGGAAGUGACAGACACACUCAUCGAUGACAAUAACUCGGCAAUCCGGACGAGCGUCAGCAUUGAGCUCCGGUACCAGACCAUGGACGGUUCCGUCGGUGCCUGGAACGAUGGAGAAUUUAUGGACGGUACCAACCUGCAGAGCGAGGCAGUUGGGAAUUUCCACUUUGAGACGGAAAGUCUGCUCUCCGGCCAGAGCCACAAUUCAGCCGUGUCCCCCGGGAGAUCACAGAGCUUGCACUCAGGGGAGAGAGCCUUUAAAAGAGUUGGCAAAGGGGUAUUUUCAGCCAUGAAGCUUGGGAAGACGCGUCCGCCCAAGGACGAGAGCAGAAAGCAAGAUGAACCUGCUGUGCUGGAGACAGAAGACUUGGACAGGAAAGCAAUCAGAUUGGCUGGAGGUCUGGACCCCGACACCAUCUCUCUGGCCUCCGUUACAGCCGUCACCACCAAUGUGUCCAAUAAAAGGUCCAAACCUGAUAUCAAAAUGGAGCCAAGUGCUGGGCGGCCAAUGGAUUACCAAGUGAGCAUCACCGUCAUAGAGGCCCGGCAGCUGGUGGGACUGAACAUGGACCCGGUGGUGUGUGUGGAGGUGGGGGACGAGAAGAAGUACACGUCCAUGAAGGAAUCCACUAACUGCCCCUACUACAAUGAGUACUUUGUCUUCGAUUUCCACGUCCCCCCCGACGUGAUGUUUGACAAGAUAAUCAAGCUGUCGCGAGCAACCCCACCACAAGUUGGCCCCUCCUACUCCACCCCUGAUGACACGUACGCCGGCCAGCUCAAAGGGCUACCUGAAGUGUCACAUCCGCCUGUGGACACGGGACCCACAGACCCCAUCAAAUAA